ACGAGUCACUGCAUUGAGAUCUGGAUCUGUCUUGUCAAUGUCAAGGUCACUCUUCAAUUCCUCUCAAGAACGAAACCACUUUCCUAAAUUACUUUUUGCUCUUGUUCUUCUUGCGCGGCACGUCUUACGGAAACCUGACCGCAGUGCAAAGAGGGCGCCGCACAUGCCUUUGACAGCAAGUCCCCUCCAAAGCUGAGCUGACGGAUUACUACAUUGUUGACUACGUUGGCAGCAGCUCUUGAUAAUUCUCCUAUGUGCAGCCCUGUUCAAAGCACUUCCUCCACCCUAUAGGCUUUGCACUAAGAGGGUACCAGAUUGCAGCAUGAACUUCUGCUCUGAGGUCACUUGACAUGUCUUCUGAACAUGUCCCGGAAGAAAGUUGCAAGAGCAGCUAUGACAGCAGCAUGGGAUGGCGAGCGGAGGUACACCCGUGCGUGGUACUUGAUGCUGGCAGCGACGGCCUCAUUUCUGCUGCUGACAGGGGGCUUCAUUUGGGGCAGAAUCUCUGGAGUAAGCACGUUGCAGCUCAUCCAGACUCAAGUCAGAGUGAUCCACCAAACAGGCGUCUUACCAGAGGAUGAUUUUCACUUCAAGCGGGGAUCACUUGGAAGCUCGACUCAGGAAAGUGCAGUAGGAAGGGCAGCCAGCACAGUUGGUGGGAGUGAAGGGGUGUUUGAUAGAGAUAAGAUUGUUGCAGAGCAGGGCGAAAGAGAGGACAUUUUGUGGCCCUCUGAUAGGAAAACGUCUCAGGAGGAGUCUGGAGGAAAGGGAUGGGUAGAAAAAAGCGAGACGGUUAAGUAUCUGGCAAACCGGGAACUCGAAGGUGGAAGUGCGAGGGAAACGGAGAGCUUGAGGGAAGGAAAUGGGAUCUCAAUUGGUGCAGAAACAGAGAACAGCUGGAUUCAAGGAAGAGGGAUGGUAUUGGGGGCGGACGGCUUCCCAACGGCAGAGUGGAAGUGGGAAACGAUGCCAGUGCCAGAGGGAUUUCACAACCCUGACGCAGAACUGCCCGUCAAUUCUCCCCCGGAUCUGUGGGACAUCCCUCCAGACGAGGGCUGGCGAGCGUGCGAUGAACGGCCUGGGGACCACAUCGGUUUGCCUGAGGGGGGGUCGCAGGGUUACAUCAGCGCAGAGCUCGACGGGGGGCUGUGCCAGCAGAUUCUGGAGAUGUGCGACGCCGUGGCUCUGGCGCGGAUCUUGAACGCCACGCUGGUGCUUCCCGACCUCAAGUACGACCUGUUCUGGAAGGACAGCACGCGCAUGUCCGAGGUAAUCGACGUCGACUAUUUCCGGAAGACGCUGGAGGCUGACGUCAGGAUCGUCACCCGGGAGGAGCUACCCGCGGGGUUGCAGGAGAAGGACACGUGGCAAGUGGCCAAGAAAACAUAUCUUGGCACGCCGGAGGAGUACCGCAGCUUUGCGCCGCUCCUCUCGCCCGCCAACGUGCUCUUCUUCCGCUACCCGUUCUUCGAGCCCCUCGCGCACCAGCUGACGCCCCGCCUCGACAAGCUGCGGUGCCGCACCAAGUACCGCGCGCUGCGCUUUGCGCCAGACGUGCUGGCGGUGGGGGACCGGGUCAUGAGCCGCAUGAGGGCCGAGGGGGACGGGCGCUUCCUUGCGCUGCAUUUGCGCUUUGAGGAGGAUCGAGUUGCGGCAUCUUGGUGCGACUACGGCCAGACCCCGGAGGAGGAAGCCCGGCUGGAGCGGAUCCGCGGAGAGCGCGACUGGCGCCCCGCCUGGCAGGGCAUCGCCAAUGUAACGACGGAGGAGCAAAAGUGGGCGGGGGGCUGGUGCCCGGCGUCCCCGGGGAUGGUGGCCAAGUGGCUGAGAGCGCUCGGGUACGGACCUGAGACGGCGGUUUACAUUGCCGCCGGCGAAGUGUGGAAGAGCCACGUGCACAUGGCGUCGUUCAAGGCGCUGUUCCCACGUGUCUUCACGAAGGAGGCGCUCUUCACGCCGGAAGACGCCACGUGGCUCAAGGGCAAGAGCAACUUGCUCGCAGCAGUGGAUGCACACGUUAUGGUGAACGCGCCAGUGGCGGCGAUCACUCUGUGGGGACAGAUGACAUGGUACGUGGUGGGUCACCGGGCGUGGUUAGGGCACAAGAAGCGGGUUACCAUCCCGCUUUGGCGGCUGCCCGGGCUGGAUGACGAGGGCUGGGAAUCGUACCAGAGCGAGUUGCGGAAGUGGGACUUUUACGGGGCUCCGCGGAAUCGAACAGCAGAGCCUUUUGCGGUUCCAAUAUACGGGAAUCCGGUUCCCAACUGCAUGUGCCAACCGGAGGGGGGUCCGCUGCCGUUCAAUAGUCGAACGUGCAAAUCGGAUGCCUAUAAAUGUGUUGAUGAAAGGUAGUGGCACCGCUCAGCUGGACCGGUUGCAGAAGCUUGCGGAGCUCAGUAACGCGGGCUGCAAAGCUAUCUUAGCUUGUCGUAUACUGUUCUCACACUGACUGUUCUAACAUACUGAAAUUGCUUAGAAGGACUUGUUAACCUGGAUUUGUGCAUUGUGAAUUGUAGCACGUGGCGCCUGG